CCGAAACCAUCCCGGCUUCCUGAGCUCCGCCUUCCCGCACACAGCGCCGCGGCGGGUGAGAGGUCAGAGGGGAAAAGGCUCCUCAUGAUGGCGGAGGAGAAGACGCGAAGUGCCGCUAAGGCCCGAAGUCACCGCAGGCGCUCGGGAAAUAAACAGACCAGUACUUUGAAGAAUGAAGAUGCCUUACAAAGGAGAGCCACACUUGAGGCUGCUAUUAGAAAGAAGAUUGAAUGUGAGAGAAAAGCUUUGCGUAUUGUUGAACGUCUGUUGGAGGAUGAUAUUACUGAAGAGUUCCUUGUGGAUUGUGGGAAAUAUAUAACACCGUCUCACUAUAAGGAUGUUAUAGAAGAGCGAUUUAUCAUCAAGUUAUGUGGCUAUCCUGUAUGUCAAAACAGGCUAGAAAAUGUGCCGAAACAAAAGUACAGAAUUUCAACAAAACACAACAAAGUGUAUGAUAUUACUGAACGAAAGUGUUUUUGCAGCAACUUUUGUUACAGGGCUUCAAAACACUUUGAGGGUCAAAUUUCCGAAAGCCCAGUGUGGCUAAGAGAAGAAGAAAGGCCCCCAGACAUUGAAUUGCUGAAGGAAGGAGAAAGCGGCCACUCUGGGAAAGAAGUAAAAUUACUCACGGAAGCAAUUAGAACUUCCGACACUGAAACUCCUAGCCCAGCACUAAUCCAAGGAGACUCUGGCACAGAGACUGAGAGCAACAGUGGUGAUGAGCAAGAAUUUGUUUCAUCUGUUCUAACAGAGAAUUUAUCCAGUGCAAAGCACCUAGAGCAUCCGGUGCCAAGAAAGAGCAUACUCAAAAAGAAGUCUGUUGAAAGAACAUGCCUCGAGUUUAACUGUACAGGGGAUGUAGCUAAUGAUGCUGCAGAGCAAUUAAGUAAGUGUAAAUUAGAUGCUUUGAAAGAGAAACGGGCUGUUCCAAGCACCCCUCAAAUGAAAAUAAGUGACACUUCCCCUAAAACCAGGAAAAAAACAGAAGGCUGUGGAGAUAAUGCCAGUAGCUCAUCUGUUGUUUUCCUGGGUGUGAGCAAAAAUGGGGCAGAACAAUUGAAAAGGUUGCUUGCCAAAUCAAAUCAGUCCAUCCAUCAUGGACUGAAAGGUCCAGCUGACCCUCUUGCUACUAAGAGCAACCUGCUAGAAGGGCUCCGGCAAACAUUUAUCGAAUGGAGGACUGAGGAGACACUGAAGCUUCUCCACAGCUUUGGCUCUACGACCACACAGGAACUGCCAGUCAGUUGCAAGGUGGAAGAACUUGAUGAGGAUGAUUUUGAUAGCGCUGAUGAUUUUAACGAUGCUGCUUCUGAAAAAGACAUGGAACCCUGUUUGGACCCAUCUUUGCCUAUCACAGGAUCCAGGAUGGCAGCAACUCAACCUUUGCCAAGCUAUGAACAAUUAAGGGAAGACGCAACCCUGUUGGAGAUAAGGGUAAAAGAAUUUUAUGAAGGAAAAGUAACCUUUGCUGAGGAAGGUUUGAUGAUGCAGCCAGGAAGGGACCAGCACCACAGUGAUAAGGAUGUAAAGCAGCUGGCCACUGCUUUUCCUCUUGUAGAUUCAAAUGCACAACAUCAGAUUCAAAAGAGGAUUGUUCUUGAAAAGCUGCAAAAAGUAUUGCCUAAUGUUUUGGGACCGCUCCGUAUUCCUCUUGGUGAGGUUUACAGUGAACUUAAAAAUCUUGUUAAAACCUUUGCGUUAACAAAUAAAAAUAUUAUUCACAAAACUCCAGAAUGGACCCUUAUUGCCCUUGUGCUGUUGUCUGUAUUGUCACAAACUAUUCCUGCCUUUGCACGUUCACAGCAGAGCCCAGUAUAUACACAGUUCCUGACUACUUUGUUUGAAGAGUUACGUUUUACAUAUGAAGACUUCGAAAGUUUAACAAGAUUAUUUAAAAGUGACUACUUUCUUCACUGAAUAUGAUUAUCCAGAACUGUUUUCCUUUGCUUGAACCAGACAAUAUAAUUUCCAGCAUACAAAAUGGAAAGAAAAUAUAAAAUAUUACUGUCAUCAUUCUAGUUCCGGUCACUGACUGGAGAAUUUUUCAAGAAAGCUGAUGAGUAUGCCAUCAGCUUUGAAUGCGUCAGUCAUGCCAAAAUGAAGCUCUUGUAUGGUGAAAAACUGACUUUCUCUAAAAGUGCAGGAAAGACACUUAAGAAAGCCAUUCUUCCCAGCUCUUCAUUAAAUUGUGCCAAAGUGAUACCAAAGAAACUUUUAGUUCUGCAUGAGGAUGUUGUGUGAAUCAAAUUGUUUGAAACUGUGGAAUAUAUUUUGAUGUUAUUAAUUUGUCAGUUUUCAAGAAAUGUAUUUUUCAGCUUUAUUAAUAAAGUAUCAGAGACAUUGUUUUAGCUUUUGUAUUCCUAGGCCUAAUAAGAUACUUUUAAUAAAUUGUUUCUUGGAGUGCA